ACAUUCUUGUUUUGGAGUAGCUUGGCUACUUUUGUACACAAGUCGACUUCACACUGCUUGUGUUUGACUUUUAGUGUAAAAAGGUUUUACUGAAUAAAUAUUAGAUCUAGUUCGGAGCAGCAAUGGCUAAAGAACAACAGCCUCACUGGUCGGAUAUUUUGAAAAGGAGGUUAGCAAAGUCCCAAAAAGAUGAGAGAAGCGAUGAGGAAAUGAAAGCAGAAGAAACUGAGCUGUUCACCAAAUAUUACACAGAGUGGAAGGGAGGAGGCGACAGAGACAAGUCCUACAAGAACAUCCCACGAUUCUACUACAGGCUACCAGCAGAGGAUGAAGUGUUACUUCAGAAGCUGAGAGAGGAGUCCAGAGCCGUAUUCCUCCAGAGGAAGAGCAGAGAACUGCUGGAUAAUGAGGAACUACAGAAUCUGUGGUUUCUGCUCGAUAAGCACCAGGUGCCUCCAGUGAGUGGGGAGGAGGCCAUGAUCAGCUAUGAAGCCUACCUGCAGGUGGGGGAGAAGGCGGGGCCCAAGUGCAAAAAAUUCUUCACAGCCAGAGUGUACGCCAAGCUGCUGCACAGCGACCCUUACGGCAGGAUCUCCAUCAUGCAGUUCUUCAACUAUGUCAUGAGGAAAGUCUGGCUGCAUCAGACGAGGAUAGGUCUGAGUCUGUACGAUGUAGCAGGACAGGGCCACCUGAGAGAGUCGGAUCUGGAGAACUACAUCCUGGAGCUGAUCCCCACUCUGCCUCAGCUAGACGGACUGGAGAAGUCCUUCUAUUCUUUCUAUGUCUGCACCGCCGUUCGCAAGUUCUUUUUCUUCCUCGACCCCCUCCGAACAGGAAAGAUUAAAAUCCAAGAUAUAUUGGCCUGCAGUUUUCUGGACGACUUAUUGGAGCUGAGAGAUGAGGAGCUGUCUAAAGAGAGUCAGGAGAGCAACUGGUUCUCGGCCCCCUCAGCUCUCCGAGUCUACGGCCAGUACCUCAACCUAGAUAAGGACCACAACGGCAUGUUGAGCAAAGAGGAGCUUUCACGCUACGGCACAGCUACGCUCACCUCAGUCUUCCUGGACAGAGUGUUUCAGGAGUGUCUCACCUAUGACGGAGAAAUGGACUAUAAGACCUAUCUGGACUUUGUAUUGGCGUUGGAAAACAGGAAGGAGCCAGCGGCCAUACAGUAUAUUUUUAAACUUCUGGACAUGGAGAAUCGAGGAUACCUCAAUGUAUUCUCCCUCAACUAUUUCUUCAGGGCCAUUCAGGAGCAGAUGAAACUCCACGGGCAAGAGCCUGUCUCCUUCCAGGAUGUCAAGGAUGAGAUCUUUGACAUGGUGAAGCCUAAAGACCCCUUUAGGAUCACUCUGCAGGACUUGGUAAACAGUUGCCAGGGCGACACCGUCACCAGCAUCCUGAUCGACCUCAACGGCUUCUGGACCUACGAGAACAGAGAAGUGCUGGUCGCCAACGACAACGACAGCAGCAACACAGCUGACCUAGAUGACACCUGAAGAUGAUUUGGAGACUCUCCUGUCACCAGAAGGCUCACAGUUUCAGUCCCGACCUGAAAGCCAAGUACUGUUACUGCUGACUCAGCUCCCUCUGAGGAAAGCCAGAUGCUGUGAUUUGUGUAUAUUGUUAUAUAUUAUUAUAUUGUUCUGUGUUCCUGUCUUUUCCUGUAAAGAAUACACAUGUAUUUUCUCAUUGGCCUUUUUAAAGUAAAUGUUUCCUUUUCCA